AUGAUAGUGAAACCUUUACCAAGGAUGAAUGCAAAAUUGUUCAAGAAAUUGCUUGACGCGCAGGCGUCGUUGUGUGCGGUUACCAAAUGCCGUUACUCUUCGAACGUGGAGGACUUUUUCAAGUUUUACUCCGAUAAAAAGUGCGAUUUGGACCAGAAAUAUAGGGUUUUGGAUGACAAGGACUACGCCCGAUUUUUCAGUAAGAGAGCAUUGAGGAGGGAGCCCGCGUUCACGAGACAGAUAACCUCCCUGGCCUACAAGGCGGGCAAGCGCAUGAUAUCGCUGGCGGAGGGCAUGCCCAACGAGGCCAUCUUCCCCUUCACGCGCCUGGAGCUCACCACCAGGGCGGGCGGGAAGAUGGUCUUCGAUGAGAAGGAGCUGGCCACCGCGCUGCAGUACAUACCUUCACAGGGACUGCCGCCGCUGCUGUUGGAGCUGCACGCGUGGCAGCAGCAGCUGCACCGGCCGCCCGCGCUGCCCGCGCCGCGCGACGUGCUGGUCACGAGCGGCGCGCAGCACGGCAUCUACCAGUGCGCGGAACUGCUGCUCGACACCGGCGACGCUGUCGUCACCACUGAGUACUCCUACGCCGGCGUCUUCAGCGUCCUGAGGCCUUACAAGCCAGACAUCAUCGGCAUCCCGGAGGACGAAGACGGCCUGGUCCCCGAGACCCUGGAGUCCGUCCUCAAGGAGCGGCUGAGCAGGGCGCUGCCCAUGCCCAAGCUGAUGUACCUGAUCCCCACGGGGAACAACCCCACCGGCACCGUGCUGCCGGAGCGCAGGCGGCGGCAGAUCUACGAGCUGGCCUGCAAGUACGACCUCUUGAUACUGGAGGACGACCCUUACAUGUUCCUCAACUAUACCCAAAAAAUUCCACCGUCUUUCCUGUCAUUGGACGUAUGUGGGCGCGUGAUCCGGCUGGACUCGCUGUCCAAGGUGGUGAGCUCGGGGCUGCGCUCCGCGUGGGUCACGGCGCCGGCCGCCCUCAUCCACCGCGCCGAGCUGCACACGCAGGCCGAGAUCCUGCACCCCUGCACGCUGACGCAGGCAAUCACCUACCACCUGAUGAGGAACCGCAGCGCCUUCGCGUCGCACCUGGUGUCGACGCGCUCGUUCUACGCGCACCGCAAGCGCGCGCUGAGCGCCGCGCUGCGCGACGUGCGCCACCUCGUGCACGCCAACGAGCCCGCCGGCGGCCUGUUCCACUGGGCACGCAUCCGGGACGUCGACGACGUCUACAACCUGGUAUUCAACACGGCCUUCGACCGCGGCCUCAUGCUGGUGCCAGGACAGGCGUUCCUGCUGGACAGCCGCGCGCCGUGCCAGCACCUGCGUCUCACCUUCAGCAAGAUCCCGCUCGCCGACAUGCAGUCCGCCGUGCGCCUCCUGGCGGACGUCGUGCGCGUCGAGCAGAAGCUCGCCCAGCAGCAGCGCCGGCGGGCCACGGAACUGUAG